AUGCCGGACAUGGAAUCGGAUGUCAUCACUGGAGACCGUGGCGGUUUUUUCACCCACGUGCAGUUCGAUUGGGAUACUGAGAUGAUAUAUCCAAACUCAGUAUUUGCGAGAGCCCUAGGUUUCACGGAAGCUCAUAACAUCGAGCCAGUCGAAGCUGCGGUUAUUGACGUAGACGAUCUGAGCGCGCAGAUACCUACUAAUAUGGGAAUUUGGCUCUACGGUAACUAUUGGCACCAACCGGAGGCGAAUGAAAAGCCCUUCGAUGGGUGGUACCUCAUGGGCAUCGGUGCCCGAUUUGGAACGUCUGGCCAUGUAUUCGAUAGUAUCAAUAACUCUAAGAGGAGUGUACAUAUUCGCGGAAGCGCUUUAUCACUAUCCGUGGAUGACGCAUUUCCGUUACCUUGCAUCCCUCGUCGGUUUCGCCAGGUAGAUUCCAGCUCGGAUAUAGCAGGCCCAACAGAAAAUCCAGUGCUACCCACUAGAGUACUUGAUGUCUUUGUUUUCGACAGAUCGGUACUGCUUCACGAGAGCUCUGGCAAGCGCGGCAGAUACGUUGCAUUAAGUCACUCAUGGGGCACGGAUAAAGCGCCAUUGGAUCAGAUCAAAACUCAGAGGUCAAACUACGAAGAUUACAAGCGGGAAAUUAUGAUUGCUUUACUUCCUAAAACAAUCCGAGAUGCCAUUCAGAUCACCCGUCGUCUUGGUAUUCGUUUCUUAUGGAUAGACUGUCUUUGCAUUAUCCAGGACUCACUUAACUCAGUUGACUGGAACAAGGAGGCGCCCCAGAUGGGGCAGUAUUAUUACAAUUCGUAUAUCACUAUCUCCGCGACGAACUCUACUGAUAGCAUGACGGGCUGCUUUCCACAGCGCACGGACACACCCUAUCUUUCAUCACCGUCGCAAUCACUGGGUUACAAUACCACAGUUCACACUCGAGGUCCGAAUACCCUUGUAACAAAGAUGAGGCUUCUAAAUGGAUAUGGAAACAACGAUUCCAAGUCCUACUUCUCCAAAGAAUGGCUCCCAGGCUCCUGCGUGGAUUCCCCACAGAUGGCCAUGAUUGGUUCUUUCGGUCAGGCCUUAGAUCCGCUCGAAGAUGAGCCGCUCAGCAAUCGUGGUUGGACGCUACAAGAACGAAUCCUUCCUUCAAGAGUUGUUCAUUACGCCAAGGAUCAAAUGUACUUUCAGUGUAGCUGGACGGUGCAAUCUGAAGACGGGUUCACUUUUCCAAACACGUCCUUCAGCCUGGAAUUACUGAUCGGAAAAGAAUCAAUCCCUUUUGAAGACCACGGCGUAACAAAGUCUAGCAUAUGCUUCGUUCCAGGUCAUCAGCCGACACCAAACCACGGACGGUGGAAAGGUGGAUGGCUCAGCUUAGUGCAAGACUAUUCUCAGCGGGAGCUGAGUAAAGAUGAAGACAAGCUUUCCGCGUUGUCUGGUUUGGCGCGAAUUUUGGCUAAGGCGACAGGAGAUCGGUACCUUGCUGGGCUAUGGGCGCGACAUAUUCCAGAAGACUUAUUUUGGCGCGUUUAUCCGCGAGAAGAGUCUUUCGAAAGCGGAACUCCGAUCAAAGGGAGACUGUUAGGUGACGUGACGAAACCGGAAAAGUAUCGAGCGCCCUCAUGGUCCUGGGCGUCGCUGGACGCCCCUAUCCGAUUUCUUCCUCUCAAUUACAACAAUCUCAUGUCUGAAAUCAUCAGUUGUUCUACCACAAAGAGCGGCAUUGAUGAGUAUGGGAGGCUGAAGGCAGGUAGACUUGGUCCUAUCUACGAAAUCUUCCCUCGCGCUCGCCAGAAGAACGAGUGGGAUACACACGGCGAGCCAGUUGAGAUCCGCUUCUUGCCAGACGACAACCGUCGCAUUUCUAUGGGGGAUAUGUAUCUCGACUUCCGUGAUGAGCCUCUACCUCCGCACUGUUAUGCCCUGUUUCUUGAUCCCGGGAACGCUCUCGUGUUGCGAACACGGCCGGGUCCACCAGUGCUACAACCAUGCGAACUAUGGAAUAGAAUUCCGGAACGUGAGCGCAAUAGCAGGCCUGAAGUGAUUCUUACCACGAAUGAGGUCUUCGAGCAGGUCAAGAAGAGGCCAGAGACGAAAACGUGGAUAUUUCAGGCAUUGGCCAACGCUGAGAGGAUUGGGCUCGCAACCUUCGGAACGGAGAUCAAAAAUACGACGAAAGAGAGACACGAUAAUGGAAAGCCGGUUUUGGAUAAACUGAAGCUGGGAGACAUCAAUAUAGUAGAAGGGGUGAAAUCUUGGGGUACAAUUACUGCUGAGGAUCCUAAGGUCCGCGUUACAAUUUUGUGA